AUGGAUGUGAAGAACUUUUUAGCAGUAGUGUUCGUGGUCUGCCUAUACGUUUGCUCUUCAUUCAGCCAAGAACUCAACCCUAAAGGCAAGAAUGUUUGCAGAACGCACGGGUCAGCAGGAGUGGCGUGCUGCAGUGGAUGGGGGCAGCUAGGGGAUGAAUGUCUGACACCCCUAUGUGAGGGGAACUUUACAUGUAAGGAUAAUGAGGUCUGCGUUAGGCCAAAUGAGUGCCGCUGCCGUCAUGGGUAUUUUGGAGCCAGCUGUGACACUAAGUGCCCUGCUCAGUUCUGGGGUCCAGACUGUAAGGGUAAGUGCCACUGUUACCCCAACGGACAAUGUGAUGAUCUGACCGGAGAGUGCACCUGCAACCACAACCGCUGGGGUCCCAACUGCGAGCAUGCCUGCCUCUGUCAAAAGGGCAAGUGUGACCAGGACACUGGGAAAUGCACAUGUCACCCCGGAGCCUGGGGCCCCCAGUGCAACAACAACUGCUACUGCAGCAUCAACUCUGUGUGUGACUCCAUGACGGGACGCUGCCAUUCACAGGCCGCUGCCAGUGCAGGGAGAGGCUGUGGGGGCCCAGGAUACAGGGGCAAGUUCUGCAGAGAGCCCUGUCCAGCCGGCUUCUAUGGUCAGAACUGUAGAAACAGGUGUGGACAUUGCAAAGGGCAGCAGCCGUGUAAAGUGACCGAGGGCCGCUGCGUCACGUGUGACAGAGGCUGGAAUGGGACACGCUGUGAUCAGCUAUGCUCCAAAGGAUUCUUUGGUGAAAACUGCCAAGAGGUGUGUCCCACGUGUAAGGACGGCCAUCACUGUGACCCCAUACAGGGCAAGUGCUCCCAUUGUAACGCGGGAUGGAUCGGUGACAGGUGUGAGGUGCGCUGCCCCAAUGGUACUUAUGGUGAGAACUGCGAGAACAACUGCAGCCACUGCUACAAUGGCAUGUGUCAUUUUGUCACCGGAGAAUGUUUAUGUGACGCAGGCUUUUAUGGAACAUAUUGUAACAUGACGUGUAAACCCGGGCAGUUUGGUGUGAACUGUAACCAAACGUGCUCUUGCAACACCAAGAACUGUGAUGCUGUGUCCGGCGCCUGCUAUCUUCAGCCAAAUCAGCGCAUGGGCGUGAUCGCUGCCGGGACCCUGGUGGGCUUCUUACUCAUUGUCCUCCUCUCCGCUCUCUUCUGCUGCUGCCUCUGUCGACAUAAGGAAGACCACAACAAAAAAGCCAAGCGGAUCCUGUGCGGACGAUUCAGCCGCAUCAGCACAAAACUCCCCCGUAUUCCACUGAGACGACAGAAACUGCCCAAAGUUGUCGUAGCCCACCACGACCCGGAGAACACCUUCAACUGCAGCUUCAUCGAGCCCCCGUCCUCAGGCGCAGCCGAGCAGCCCUCCCCCUCGUCCUGGUCGUCCCAAGAGUCCUUCUCCUCCUUUGAGAGCGGAGACGAGGGCCCGGUGUACUGCGUGCCCCAUGAAGAGUCUGUGAAUGACAAACACAGCCCAAGUCCUCCAACAGAGAAGCCUCCUGCUGAGGAUGAAGAGGACGCAGGAGAGUACACCUCCCUGAAGGACACCAGCGUCACCAAAGCCGAGAAGCAGCCGCUGAAGGCUUGUGAGUCCAGUGAGGGUUCUACCACGGGCUCUGAGUCCACCACUGCAGUGCUGUACGCUCGCAUCGCCCGCGGAUCCAAGCAUUCCAAAGAGGACGAAGGCAGCGGCAAAGAUGGAGACAGCACACCUUCGUCGGAGGUCAAGCGCAACGGAAAACCACCUCCUUCACCCAAGCCAAAACCUCGCCCGCCAGACCCAUCCACGAAACCAAAGGUGUCCUGGAUCCACGGGAACGCUACAGGGUCUCCGCAGCCAGAGGAGCAGACUAAAUCACUUUCGGUACCAAAGGAUAAGAAGGGCAGGGGCUCCAGCGACGGCUCAGGGAAAAGUGUGCAGCGUCACAAGUCAAAAGAGGCGAACAGAGAGCAGAAAAGGCCAGAGACAAAGGAGGUUGACGCUAAUGGCUCGCCCAGCAAACACAAGCCAUUGCGCUCGAAGAAAUCUGGCGAUGAGCACAGCAGCCCGAGCCACAUGGACCACAUCAAUGGGGUGGUCCAGAACGCACUUAAGAAAAUUAGUUAUUUCCACACCUCGUCACCUGAAAAGAAAAGUGUUGAAAGUCAGAAAGAGGUUCCCAAGGAGACUCCCAAAGUCAUCCAUCCUCACAUGAAUUCUGAAGCUGCCACGCUUUUGGCCGCUCAGCUCAAGGAGAAAACACAAAGUAUCAACAGAAAUGAGGGCACAGGCCUAAAUAAAACCAAUGGGCUCUCAACUCCUAAAGGAACACGAGAGAAGCCCACUCCUCCACAGAAAGCCAAGAGGACAGCAUCCACUGGCUCCAACAAGCCCCUGCUGCCAACCACCAACAGCCUGCAGAAGAUGGUGGCACCGAUAACAGGGGACGACGAGAGCCCUGAACCCAAGAGCCCGGAGAAGCUGGACUUGAACGGCUCCAAGGCAGGAGACUCAGUGUCUGACUCCACGUCCAAGAAAACCCCCAUUAAAAAGCCUCCCAGAAAGAAGGGCAAAGACGGUACUUUGGAAACAUCAGAAACUAAGACUCCCCAACAAAAAACGGCCAUUAUGCCACCACAGAUUGUGAAGUGA